AUGCCAGUCUCGUCGUCUUCUGCGCUCCAUGUCAGUCUGUCCCUGCAUACCUCCGAGUCAUCCUCGCCAUACAUCCCACCACGCAGUCAAUGGCCCAUUGCAGGACAAGACGACGACGACGACGACGAUGACGCAUGGGGCUCAGCAUCGACGUCGUCUAAGUCGAGAUGGCUCACAGCAAUGGCAGCCUGGCACGGCAGCCGCUCAGCCGCGCGAGUAGCAGUCGCUACAGCAGAUGGCAGCUGUUGGCUCUUCUCUCAGUCAGACAACGCUGCUACUCCUCCUCGCCGCGCGCAAGGUCGCCCUCCGUCACCAACCCCCUCGAUAGCCAGCACGCGCAGCCAUCGCGAAUCUCACCCGCCGCCCUUUGCUGGCUUUCAUCACCACAGCAAUGCGCCACCGGAGCCCGUCGUCAGUCCAACCUCGCCCACAUCGACCAACCUCGCAUCCACAUCGGCAUGGAAGCCCACGUCCCCCGAUGCACGCCAACAGCAAGGCUUUGAUGCCCUCGAGAGCAGGCUCGAAUCGCAAUACCACUCUGGAGCCGGGCAUGGCUCAGCGCCUAGUAAUCGCGACUCGGUAGUAGGCAGCUUCAUGGAAACGCUCGGUCUCAGCAAGCAUGCGCCUCACCAUCACAACCAUCAUGGCAGCCACCACGGCAGCCACGCCUCGCCAUCGCCAUCGCGAAGGGAGUCGAAAGCUGCCACGCCAUCAGAGACAUCCAGAGCCCCUUCGCGAGCAGCUGCGGGCACGCAAGCAUCUUCAAGCAGACGUGCAUCACACACCCGCUCGUCCGCCAUUGCAGGCCCCUCAACCGCAGCCUCUACCCUCCUCUCACUCUCUGUGCCAGCGGGCGAUGGCAGUCACGAGUCUGGCAGGAUGUCUCGCUCAGUCUCUAGGUCCAGUCGCAGGGAACAAGAGCCGCAAUAUGAGCCGCCAAGCCCGCCAGCUCCGACUCCUCUUCGAAGCGUCAAAGCCUACGCUCGCCUCACGGCCAGUAGCGCAGACACGUCUCCCAUCGUCGCGAUGGUCACUUGCAGUCUGGCGAGCGCGGAGUCACCAGACACGCUCGUCUUGCUGCAUCGACGCGGCUGGAUGACGGCAAUAUCGAUCGAAGACGGGACAGUCCUGGGCGAUCUGGACUUGGCGUCAGUCUCUGCGCCCGUAGAAAACAAGGACAAGGCCGCGCCGCCUGCUUCCCUGUCAGCCAGCAGCGGCGGCGGAGGCCUCGUAGCUUCGACACUGGCCGCCCUUCGCUCCCACAGCAAUUCGCCAGCCCCUGCUGCUGCCAAGUCGCACCUCUCAGCGCCCGUACAGCCAGGAAGUCGACCAGGGUCUGCUCUUCUACGACGCGCAUUAACCAACGACGCACCACCGCUCGAGCAAGCCGCGCAGGAGAAGCGAAAGCAACGAGCCGUUUCCUCUCUCGCGUCUAUGCACCUCGUAGCCAGCUUAGACGGCGUAACGCUGCUAGCCUGUUUUGACGCUGCGGAGAAACGGCUCCUCUUCAUUGCGCUGCGACCUGCUGCGGGGGGUGCUGCGAGCUUGAGCGUCAUUGAGGUAGCCGAUCUCCACGGAUGUAGUCGAGAGCGUUGUCCGUCUUUUGCGGUGGAGGGCGAUGCAGUCAAGGUUGCGCAUGUGAAUGAGGAGAAAGAGAGUGUGACGGUGCACCGCUUUCAGGUGACGAUGGCGGCAGGGAAUGCUACGGUCGACAAGGCUGGUUUUGCCAAGCUCACAAUACCAGAGGAUGCUGGUGGGCAAGUGCAGCGAUGCAGUCUGCUCACCGCGGGUACGCUUCUGGGUCACGCGGCGGGAGAACGGCUCGUGCUGCUCAGCUCCGCGGCCUGCGAUAGUUUGGGGGUGGUCAAGAGCAUUCACGUCCCGGAGCUGCAAGAUUUUGAAGUCAUCUCUCCAUCCUACGCCCUUGCUCGCACCAAGACUACCACUAAGCUCAUCAGCAUCGACGCCGACAGCCUCACGCUACUCAACGACGUUCCAGGGAUCGACGUCGCAGCUCACUCCGGCCAGCUGCUCCUUUCGGCCUCAGCAGCGCCGGAGUGUCUCACGCUACAAUCCCUCCUCGACUCGCGCGAUCUCUACGCUUCGUCUCCAGUGCAGCCUGCAAUCAGCGCCCUUUUGCCACUCAGCAUGGAGCGCAUUCUCGCCCUCACGUCCACGGGCCACCUCACGCUAGCAACCCUCAACGACCUCCUCGCCAAUCGUCUCCCCACACCCAACCAGCCACCCUCCACCUCCGCUGCCCACCCCGCGGCUCGCGCAACGAUGCUCCGCCAGGUCACAAACCCACGCAAUUCCUCCACCAAGCACAUCCUCGCGGCCUUCUCCACCGGCGCAGUAGCCUUCUGGGAUCUCGCAACGCUACGACUCCAAGCGGAAUGGUCCCUCUUCACUGCGCCCGUCCUAGACGGCCUCUGCGUCGUUUUUGGGCAAGAGGACAACACCUUGCGCCUUCACGGCUGCCUCGCCCUUGCAAGCACAGACGGUACGGUGGCCAUUCUAGCGCUCGACGGCCUGAAGCUCCUCUACCUUCUCCCUGGGCGAGGAGAAGAAGCUCCACUCGACUGGCUCGCCGUGCGCGCAGACGAACUCAUGCUAGUCUAUCGCGAUGGCAGAGCGCGCGUGUGGGACGUGGCCACGCAGGAGCUACGCCGCAGCAUGGGCUUGGAUCAGGCGGAGGGUAUGCUCAGCGAUGGCAGGGGCAGCUGGAGUCGGUACGAUGUUGGAGUAGAGCGAGAGGUGGCUCAGUCGGGCGUGCUGUCCGCCGUCUCCCCUAGUGUCGCGUGCGAUACGCCGCUCAUGGGGGCGAACCUGAAGAAGGGAAUCGACGCGGCUAGCAAAGCUGCGGGGGCGCACGAGGGGAUGGCGAAACCAAAGGCGGUCAGGCCAGGCAGCGCUACGUCGACGUCUGGCGCGUCACGCGUGCAGAGCAUCUUGCGCCCAUUGAUGGCAGCGCUCUGGCCAAGUGGCAUCGACGACGAGAUGGAUCAGGCGAUUGCAAGUCUUUUUGAACCGGCUCUGGACCUCGGUACCGCCAUGAAGCUCGGCUCGGCCUCAUCAUCCACGCAGCCAGGGUCGCUGCGCCGCCACUACCACUCGACGACCUCUUCGCUCAAGGCUAGCUCGUCAACGAACGCCAGCCGCUUCCUAGCCCUCACAGCAAUGCUCAAGGUGCUCGCUCGUAGCAAGGCAGGGACAAAUGCCGAUCGCUGCAUAUCCUGGCUCAGCACGUCCGCUCCUCGCACCUCGCCCCUGAACCCCGCUCUCCUCGCGCUACACCUCGUCGAUCCUACGCCAGAGAUCCGCUCCGCAGCAGAAGAGCUCCUCGAAGCGCGCAUCGCCAUGAUGAGCGCAGAAGAAGUCGACACGCUCGUCGUCUCGUGGCGCAGCCUGCUCCCCACCGCACACUCCUCGUCACCUCGCGCGGCGCAAUCACUCUCCCUCCUCGGCUUCCUCUGUCUCAAACGCUACGCACUCGUCGAUCCGGCGCUACUCCGCGACGUGGCCGAGGCCGUCUUCCACUCUCUCAGCAGCGCCCACUCUCCGCAAGCGCUCCGUCUCCCUGCUCUCUGGCUGUGCGUGCAAGGCUUUUCAGUCUGGCAGAACUACGUCGAUGCCAUGGCGCUGCUACGGUCCCUUUUUACGCUAGCCAUCGACACGCACGACGACGUCACUGCAUCACAGGCAGCAAAGGACGCCGUGAUUGCCAUCGCAGAGGAGCAUACGCCGCUCUUUAUGACGACGCUCAAUCUCGACUUGCUCGCGCUCAGUGGCGGAGACGGACACGCGCCUUCCUCGUCAACGGCGGCCAACGGCGUCAGGACUAUGCAGCUUCUCUCUUUCCUCGUCUCUCUGCGGCCAAGCCUCCUCGCCCCUUCGCUCCCACGCAUCUCGGAGGCGGUGGUUAAGUCUCUCGAUCCCACAACGAGCAGCAGCAGCAACGCAGGCUCGUCGUCCUCGCCCAAGCCCAAUGCCCCCGCCCUUCCCGGCCCCUCGACAACGCAGCGCGACCUUCUCCUCCCGUCGGCGACCCACCUCAUCUCCACUCUCGUCCGCGCGUACCGCACGCUCGCCUUCCACGGCUCCACGCAGCGUCUCGCCGUGGGCACUCACGAGGGAGCAAUUGUCAUGUACGAGCUGCGCACUGCCACGCGACUCUUUGUGCUCGAGGGUGGUCACGGCUCACAGGCACACGGUCAUGCUCAUCACUCGACGCAGAGGGGACCGUUGACAUUGCUCAGCUUCUCGCCGGACGGACGCAGAUUGGUCAGCCUGUCUCUCACGGAGGGCAAAGCGCUGGCGUGGAAGGUUGGCUCUUCUCUCGCGUCCUGGCUGCUCAGACCAGGCGGGGUGCCACGGCAGGGAGGAGGGAGCGGCGUGGGCGGUGGUGGCAAGCAGCAGCAGCCGGGCGCCGAGCCUGCGUACAAGGUCUGGCGAUUCACGCCGCGCAGUGGUGAGGACGAUGAGGCGCUGCGCUGCGAGUGGGUUGGGGAGAAGAGGUGCGAGAUUGAAGUGGGCGCGGACGGACACAAGAGGGAGAGAACGCUCUUUGAUGUCGAGUAG